AUGGCGCCGGUGUCUGAUAGCAAAUAUUUUCCCUCCCUGGGAGAGUGCUUGUCUGGGGAGCGAGUGCUUUUAUCUUGGAGGCAUGUUGCUACAGCUUUAGCCGACGACUCCGGAAGAAGGCAAAGAAGCACCGAGGUCGUUAAUUUCUUGUCCGAUGAUUAUGUCCACGCGCUCUUGAAAGAUCCCUCUGCUGCGUUUGCGCCACCCAGUGAGGCUGCAAGGAAGGACUUCGAAACAAAAACGGCGCCAAUCAACGUGACUUCAGCGUCGACAGAACGAUACGACAUCAAUUUGCUCAAGCAAGAUGCGGAAUGGCUGAGCAGGAGCGCAAAACUUAAUUUGGUUGCUUCAUUGCGAAUUGCUGCACUAGAAGUGCAAUCGAGACCCAAUCGCCAUCUUCUUGGACCUUUGUCAUCUCAGGACGCAACAAAUCUUCAGGAAGCCGCAGGCCUUCAGAAUGGACGAGGUGCAACCUUCAUGUCAGACUUUGGAGCUGGCAACGCUCAAGAUGCUGAUGAGAUAUCCGCCGAAUUUGAUGCCGCCGAAUCGAGAAAGCGCCGGCUUUUCAGCAUGUUCCUGACUGAGCGAAGAUAUUUCAUCAUGACUAUGGACUAUUUGCAAUCAAUUAGACUGUAUGGAAGACUACCGAUCUUCACCCCUGUCAGCGACAAAUUGGCAGCACUCUACAAGCUAAAGGCUUCGCCAAAUACCAAGGACGAGAGCGUAUCAUUCCUGUCCGCAUAUCUCAAAGUCAUCACAUCCAGCAUGACCAGCUUAGAGGCUGGUCUCAAGUCAGUGACCGACGAAUCUAUCUUGAUGAAAGAAGAUAUUGAACUGGAUUGGCUGGGAACCUUACUCACCGAAAUCAUCCAUUCUCAAUCUGUGGUAUUCCAACUGGUGGAUAGCCUUGGCAAUGACUUCCCGCCCUCCAGUGUUAUCAAUCAGUGGUUUUCAUUGAUGGACUUGUACAAUUUCUUUGAUACCCUUCAACCUAUAAAUCAAACGAUCGGCGAAUUGGUUCUGCCACUGAAGACAAUUGCUGUUGCCGUCUCUAUCAGCCUUCUUAAACCCGCCCGAUCCUUGACAUUUUUAGCCGAGAGAGAAGAGGACCCGACGCCGUCCGAUGAUAUGUACGAUUCGUACUUGAUAUUGUCAGACAUCUUGGAGCAGGUACAUAAAAGUGUUCUCAAUGCGGCCGGGAUGGAUUGCGAAAGCGCUACUCCUGUCAUCUUUGCUUGGACCCUUAUUCUCCAUCGUAUGAACGUGUCAUACCAGAACCGGACCGAGAAAAGGGAUAAUUUGCUGCAACAGAAUGCACGCGAGACUUUCGAAUCCGGUGGUGUCGUGCGGCCCAUGGUCAGACGUAACUCCGCCGGUAGUAUAUUUUCCAUUGAGUCUUCCAAGUUCGAUGGCUUUCUUGAGAAUACGACAACAGCUAAAGAUCUACAAGUUGUAGAACAACUGGCCUCGGGCGCUACGGCACAUGGAAAGGUUUUCGAAAUCAUAUCAAACAUGGCAAACUGCCUCGGCCCCUCGCCUGGAGGUAGCAUGACACCUUUGCUCAGUUCUCGCAUGCGAAAUGCAUUCCUUGAACUUCUGAAGGUGUCGUAUCCCAUUGUUGGAUACCAGUCGGAGCCGGUCAGCGCUCUGCUUUCUCUACUCUCUCCUGGACGGGAAUACUGGCAAUUGUUGCCAGAUCAAGAUCUUGACGUUGGCCAAGAUGUCAUGACAAGCAUGCUCCAAGACGACUAUACCAUGGAAUUCUACUUCCAGCAAGCUCUUGACCGGUAUCCAUAUGAAUUCGUGCCUUUCAUCAGCAUGUGCAGGGCACUUUGCACUGCGUCUAGCGAUUCAAGUGACAAGGACCGCUCUGACUUUAUUCUGUCUCUAUUGAGGAAAACGCCAACCAUCAGUUUUACUCUCCCGGAUGCUUUCCAGUCAUACGAACUGGUCCAGGAGGACGAAAACACCAAUUCUUUUUGUCUGUUAGAAGAGUUACCACUGAUAUCGCUGUCGUCUUCAUGGAGCAGACGAUAUAUUGAGGACGAUGCCUACAGGCUCCCGGUUGGGAGCUAUGGGCGAUUUAUUACCGAUACUGGCAGAGUGGUGCUCAUGGACUACAGUCACUCGUCACUCUCACUUCUUGGACGACAAUUGGAAAUCAACCUGAUGAAAGAGGGAUAUCGCUGUGAGUUGGGGAUGUUGCAGCCUGAUGAGAUUGCCGAGGUUAUAUCCCUAUUUGCAACUCUCCUCCGCAUGGAAUAUCUUCAUACUGGAACAGCUUCUAGCACCGCUCUCGUGCAUAGCGAAAGUGACCUCCUGGCUGAGAUUAGCAAACAUAUCAGUGGCGGUAAAGACAUCGUGGCGGUCGUUUGCGAAACCAUGGAUUAUUACAUGCAGGAUGAACUCGCUGUGAGCGAAGAAGCCGCGAUAAAUGUAUUGACGGCAUGUGUGAAGUUUUUGCAUGCUAUCCUACCAUGCCGGCCAAGCCGAGUCUGGUCUUACUUGGCUAGAGGCGAGCUGCUCGACUCCGACUCUAGAGCAGGAAAAUUGUCCAAAAUCACUGGUAACCUGGAUUUGGUUUCAGAGAGAUUUGAAUUUCUAAAUUCUUCACUCCUCUUAUUCUCUGGGCUGAUUGAUACGGCAAUGACCUCAGCUGUUCAGCGUCGUGCUGGAAACAAAAUGGCCUCGAGGCAAAAGACGGAUCUAAAUCCCUGGCUGGGAACUGCUGACAAAGUGCUGACCAAGGUGAGUCUGUCCGUUGCGCAUGCAUCAGUAGAUGCUUUUGAAAGCACAUCUACUUGGAGGUUCGACAACGCAAUAAGCCGCACACUGUUACUAGACAGUGUCGUGCCUGUCCUGAAUAAGCUGGUUACAUAUAGCUACAGCAUGGGAGAAUCACCGACAUCCGACAGUCUGACUGCCUGCCUACGGCCGGCUGCCUCGUAUGUCAUCGAUUGUUUCAUGACUCCAGCAAGCGGAACACUUCGAUUCCAGCCAAUUCUUUCAUCGUUGGUCGAUGCCUUCAGAAUGCCCGAGGCCACGUUAUAUUCAACGCGAAAUACUAUUGCUCGACGCCAAGCCAAUUCUAUUUUACACUUCUCCACAACUCUCCUGAGGGCAGCUAAUUAUCUUGAGAGGUCCUCCACGAUGAUCGAAACCUACCUUUUUAAGAGCUCCACACUCCUGGCCCGACUUUGUGCAGUCUCUGAUGUCUUUCGAGCAGGGGCUAUUGGCCUCCUCGAGUCCCUCGUCGUUAACGCCGCGUCCGCUGCUUCUGAGCCGCCAUCUCUUCUUGGGUAUCUGGGGCCUCAGAUUUCCAAAUCUUUUCUUCAGGUCUUAGCGCACCUCGGACGGCCGUUCAAUCUUACUCUGGAGGUCGGCACUAUUUGGAGAUUUUUCUCAUCCAUCCUUCGUAAUAGACAGCAGUGGAUGUCAAACUGCCUUCUCACAGGACAGACGCCGAGAGAGGCUAUGAAACAGGAGACCAAGAAAGGCGAUCUCUCAUCCGAUUCGGUAUUUGCAACUGCCCUUGGAAGGUUGAAGAAGCUGAAGGAACUCGAGUCAGAGGAGGCUCUCGCCAUUUUAGAUUUCGUCGCCUCCGCGCAAAAUUAUUGGCCGUGGACGGUUUUCAGCCUCCUCAAAGACACCACCUAUACCGAUGGUCUCAGGGCAUAUGUGCGAGACCUGAGGCCGUCUCAUCUAACAGUUAAGUCUGAUGCUCUUCAGACAGCCGUCGAUGCUAGAGUGGCAGCAUACGUCGCUGAGACCUUGGCCAUGCAACUUUAUCAUUUACGGCAUCAAGGCGCCCCUGAUACUCUUGCAAAGAGUCUGGUUGCUGACAUGGACUAUUACAUUCGAGAUGGUGUGGAAGUGUCUGGCUACAAUAAGUCCCUGCACAACAACUUUGCCAAGAACUUUGCCAACAAGUACUCUGGUUGUUCGCUGGACAACUUCAAAAGGACCGUCCUUGAGCCUCGUGAAUUAGGCAAGAAUUACUAUUACGACUUAGAUCGUGCCACUGACAUGUUAAGCUUUGAUCCUGGGUGGCUAGGGCGAAAAGACAACGGAUUCAAGAAUGAAAUGGAGCUAGCAAACGCGAAUCUGUCACUAGUUGACGCUCAAAUAGCUCUAUUCCAUGCUUGGGAGUUCUUAUUGGUAGAGUUGAGUACCAGCCUACCAAACGACAAGACGGUAGCGAAACAGAUGCUGCAAGUCGCCCAACAAUGUUUGAAUGCGAAUCAAGGUGCGCCUGGACCUGAAAGCAUCUUUGUCAAGCUCAUCGAUGCCAGGGCAAGCUUGGCACUGGUCUUGGUCCAACGACUUGCCAAGUUAUCCGUCCCGGUCCAGGAUGUCAAUCAGCUUCUAGGUACUCUCACAGGCACUAUCCAUGGUGUUGAAGAGCCGUUUGCCAAGGAGUCGAUUGCCUACUACCGUACGCUGUUGAAAGCCCUAUUUGUCACUCUGCGCUCAUACCAUCUUUCCGAUACCAAGGGACUGUCCGAGUCUUCUGUCAACCUGGGUAGUUCAACUGUCACAGUCACGCAAACGGUACUUAAUUUGUUGGACCACAUUGUCGGCAAAGGGUUCAGGUCACUUGUCAGCCUCAUCCAUGACAACGAUUCGGACAUGUCCCCCGAGGACCUUGGCUUGUUGACCGCAAUUCUUCAAGCCUGCUUAAGUAUGCCCAACAUGGACCAAUCACAGACGCAGAUCCUCAACAUUAUGGCAGCACACGAUGUGGUCAAUGCUGCUACGUCAUUAUUUUCCUGGGCAGAUAAACUGGCACAUCAGGGCGACCCAGUAUAUGGCGAGCUGAGCAUAUUGUUCUUGCUUGAGCUGUCCACUCUGCCUCUUUUGGCAGAACAACUAGCCUGCGACGGUAUUCUUGGCAGUCUCCUCUCCGCCAACCUGUCAAAGUACAUGCUCAGAUCUACAAUCUCGCCCUAUGCAGACGCACCCUUCGCCCAGCGAUGCUAUGCUAUAUGGGCGAAGGGCUUCCUUCCUUUAAUGCUAAACAUGCUAGCAUCGCUUGGCUCUACACUUGCUCCCGAAAUCACAUAUGUGCUGAACCAAUUCUCGCAUCUGCUCGAGGCUAGCGUGGACCGAUUCGAGGCACCGGGAGCCUCUCGAACAAAAUCGAAGUCUACGCCACAAUAUCUCACGUUGCUGGCGACAUCCGAGAUUCACUCUCUGGCGCUCCUCACAAGAGUCUUGUCUGCCCUACGAGCUAAUAAUAACCGGGAUAUCCCUGCAGUCGAAUGGGAUGCGGCUGGUCUCUUGGAAAAUGUUGAAUUCUGGCUCUCAAGCAAGCGAUUACUUAAAGAACGACUCCUUCCUUUGGGAUCUCGCGAAACCGAAUGGAAGAAUAUUCGGAAGGAAGCAGGAAUUGCUGGCGGCAGCGAAAGCCUCUUGGAGGAAAAGAUUGUUUCGCAGCUCGAGACUGUGCGUGACGUCUUGAGCGAGGAGUUGGAGAGCUAG